ACGGUUUCAAAAUGAGUCCGACUCGAGCAAACCACGAAAAGUAACGUGUGCGCCAUCAACCAAGAAAAACAAACGAGACAAGAAGUUUAUCAGCGACAUUGAAACAAAAAAGCAGCAUGUCAGAGGCUUUAAUCAGGCGAAUAAAGGAGCUGGAGGCAGACCUGGAGAAGCUCAAGUCCCAGCUGAAGGAGAGGAGUGGACCCGGAGAUGACGUGGAGCUGACGUCCGAUCCAUCCCCUCUUGAAAACACAGACUGUAAAUCCAAUACUCGCACCAGUAAAAAGGGUAAGAAAGCAGGCAAAGAGCGUCCUUUUGACUUCCAUGCCAGCCCUCGGCGCCAUGCGGCUCUGCGGCUGGCUUACCUGGGAUGGUCCUACCAGGGGUUUGCGGUCCAGGAGAACACCGACAACACUGUGGAGGCCAGGCUCUUUGAAGCUUUGCUAAAGACACGGUUGAUUCAGGAUCGACAGAGCUCCAACUACCACCGGUGUGGUCGCACCGAUAAAGGAGUCAGUGCUUUUUCCCAAGUCAUAACCAUUGAUUUGCGCUCCACACAGUUUUGUGGCGGACUGGGAGUCACGGUCCCUGAACAUGUUGUUGUUGGUGCCAAGAAUAAAGCUACUGGUGCUGAGCUUCCGUAUGUGAAGAUGCUGAACAGAGUCCUGCCCCAGGACAUUAGGAUCUUAGACUGGUCACCAGUAGCAGAGGGCUUCAGUGCACGCUUCGACUGUCAGUCGCGCACGUACCGGUACUACUUCCCCCGUGGAUCGUUGGAUGUGACGUUGAUGGCAGAUGCUGCAAAAAGAUACGAGGGCACUUAUGACUUUCGCAACCUGUGCAAAAUGGAUGUGGGCAACGGAGUCCUGCAGUUUGAGAGGACCAUCUUGUCAGCAUCAGUCAAGCCUGUGCGGCCUCAGCUCGUCUCCAGCGCCGACCAGUAUGACCUCUUCAUAUUUGAGAUCAAAGGACUGGGCUUCCUUUACCACCAGGUACGAUGCAUGAUGGCACUGCUUCUCCUGAUAGGGCAGAAAUUGGAAGCCCCGGAGAUAAUUAAUCAACUCCUGGAUGUUCAGAGCAACCCCAGGAAGCCCCAAUACAGCAUGGCUGUGGACUACCCGCUGGUGCUUUACGACUGCCACUUUGAAGGUUUGAGCUGGAAACAGGAGACUGAAGAGGUGACCCACGUCCUGUCUGCACUACAGCAACACUGGACCCAGAGUACAGUCAGGACCCACGUCCUCCAUGGGAUGAUCCAGGGGUUGGAGGCCAGAGGUGGACUGUCCUCUAAUCAUUGCUUGCUAAUAGAAGGCAGCAGGCAGAGAAACUACCGGCCGCUGCUGGAGCGUCCGUGCUGCGAGAGCCUGGAGUCCAGAAUAAACCAUUUUGUCAAAAGAGGAAGGCUGGAACGGGAAGAAGGGGAGAAUGGAGGCAAAACGCUCCACAGAGGAAAAAGGUCCAAACAUUCCCACAAUCCCCCCAGUCUGCCUGUACUGUCAGAGAUGCCAUCUUCAAAACAAAGUACAGAUCAACAAGCUGAACAUGUUCUCACAGGAGAAUGAACUUGUUGUAAUUUUAUUUUUAUUGUUGAUUUAAAAAUAUUGUUUUUACGUUUUAUUUCAUGAAACAAAACAAUGGAUUUAUUUCAUAAAACUGUGUUUGCAUUUGUUUGCAUUUUCAUUCAUGCAAAUAUUUUUUUGCAUUGAAAUAAACACGUUUUGGAGAUGGU